CGAAGUAUGAUACCUAAUAGCACGCACAAUCGAAUCUCUUAACUAUUGCUGGGUAUGAGUAGCGCAAGGACAAAUGUAAGCACUCUUCGCCCGUGAUGUGUAAGACGAUCCAGAUAAAACAUCAAACGAACAGACUAGUGCCAGGACAUCGUGGUACGAACCCCAUUAUUCCUACCUCGAAGGCAAAAUCCAGCGUUGCUAUUGGACAGAAAUGCAGCUAUGACAUGAGCCUAGUCGCCAGAAGAUUUGGUUUGGACUGGCCGGUAGCUGCCAUGGAGUCCUUGGAUUCCGGCGCCCGAGCGCAUGGGCAUAGUCCCGCCCUGUUCUUGUGGACUCUUCUCCUUAUCAAACACAUGGAAGCCGUUAGCACCGAACGCCGAGUCUGUUGGCUGCCGCCCUCAAAGGCUGCGGGUGUACACGUGUUUACUCAACACGACGCAGCUCUUGGAGAUCAAAGCAAUCAUCGGAUUAGCAAACAAAUAUGCCAGAUAUUUCACAUCGACUUGUUCUUUGACAGGCAAGCCUCAAAAUCUGACAUCUACUCAGAAUCAACUGCCUACAAGAUUGCAAUACCUACGUUGGGCGUAAAUGACGCGAUCUUGAGCAGCGCCAGUGUGCGUCAUGAUUGCUGCCGCAAUGGAUUAAUGGUGCGAAUGCUACGCGGAACGUUUCGGCCACACCAGGGAAACGCGGGCGGCACAUCAAAGGUAAAGCAUCUUAAAGACGUGCGGCGCCGAAAGGAGAAAUGUGCAAGUCCGAAUUGUUGUACGCGGACCAACGACCCCGGCCGGCGGUGGCCCAAUAAUCGUGGACCAUUGCAAUUUUGCGACGUCGGUAUCAAAAUUGCGCCGACCGCCGACCGUCUUGGCAUGUUUAGAUCUAGGGACCACCUUGACGGUGGGACUUGA